CGAAAUGAUGAGAAGGACCCUCAGAACCGAAGUGGUCGUUUGAUCAGAUUGACCUGACCACGACUUCAGUCGAACACAUCGUACAUGCUCAUAGUCUUGCCAAUCUUGCCACUACCUACUCUUGUCAUGAAGAGUGACAGAAGAUAGACAUAUAAUCCUGAAUCGCGACUUGGGGUGAGCCAUCCGCGGGCUUUCUACACGAUGCAAACUUCAAAGAACGCAUUCGAGCUUUUUCCGGCGGAUCAAUUUGAUGCCUGGGUCGACGGAGUCCGUUCCAAAAUUAUCGAUGGACUAGAGCGCCAACAUCUGCCUGGAGGAUCUCAAGUUCGAGUUCCCGAGCUCUCGAGCAAGGCGCUCGAAGCCAUAGAAGCCGCUCGCCGGGAUGAAGAGCUGACUCGUCAGGCAAUUGCAUCUUCGUCAUCUCUGGCGGAUCAUAUGGAUGUCGUCAAAGACACGGACGCGAUUGUUGAAGUGACCGAAGAGGUGACGACUACCACCGUUGUCACCGAGUAUGAAGACGCAUACAACGGAGGCUACGGGAAUACUACUGGUCUUGAAGAUCCAGCUGAAAAUGUCGGCUCCGAGGUCAACUAUGACGAAGAAGCCAGCGAGACGGGCUACGCAUUCGAACCCAUAGCCAGACCAGAUCUUGCGUUCCAGCAACACGUCAAUGCUUAUCCCGAUAAUCGAGAAUUCUAUGGGGAAGGCCAGGAGGCCGAAGACGAAGAGGCAGAAGAGGAGGAAGGAGAAGAUGAAAUAGGAGACGAGGAUGAGGGUUCGCAAGACAACGAGAUCGACGAUGACGAAGACGACUUCGAAAUUGUGGACGAGGACGAGGAAGGGUCGAACCGCGAUACGAUGGACAACGAACGCGACGAACUGGAGUCCAAUGGCGAUCUUGAAGAAUCGCGGGAACCUCUUGCUGAUGGCGGACGCUCUGAUGACGGACUCGAUGAGGCCGAGGCGCGCUCUGUUGAUGGAGGGUCGCGAUCCGCCGACGAUCGUCUAGCUUCGUUCGGGGAGCUAGAUGAGGAGCGAUCUCAAGCCUCCGCAGGUGAUCUAAUGCCACGAUCAGAAUGGCCCUCCAUAGAAGAUGAGGAGGAUGUAACCACUGAACGCGACAUCGACGAUGUAGGGGAUGCAGCCGACACAAGGGAUGUCGACGUCGAAGCCGAGGAGUCUGAUGCAGGCGGCGAAGACGAGAUCUACUCUGUGCAAGACAGCAGCGAUGAAGAGGCUCGCUCUGAGGUGGAAAAUGAAAGCGGACCAGAUGAGAGUCGAGAACAUCGAGAAGCGGGUACGAGAGUUUCUCAACUCAAAGAUGAACAAGAGGAUGAGGAAGAAGAUGAGGUGUUGGAGUUGGACGAGGAGGACAUGAGUGAAAAGGGUUCGGACCAGGAAGGGUCUAUGGAUGAUGCAGGCAGGGAUGAGGGAAGGUCGAUCGAUGAUGAAGAGGAAAUGCAAUCCCGUUCCUUCGAGCAAGAGGAUCGUGCUCAACGUGAAGGAUUGGCUACAGAUAUUCGUCAGCCGGACUUGCCGCCUACCACCGAAUCAGAUGGUAUUUACCGAGGUACAUUCGAGGUCGACGGGACUGCCCAGGAAGGUGUCAGGGUAGACGAAAAGUAUGCUCUAGAAGAAGACGACAAGGAUUCACAACAGGACCCGGAGUACUCGGCCGAUGAGCGGGAAUCAAUCGAGGACAUCCAAUAUGCUGACGACGACAAUGCCGGAAUUUUCGCUCAGACCGAUCGCUCCCGUCCAUCACGAGACCAUAUACCCUCGACCGAAGAGGUCUAUGCUGAUCAGAUUCAGCUCGAACCUCAAACGAAGGAAGAGAUCGAAGACGAGAUUCGGCAUCACGACAAUAGAGAAAUAUUAGAUGACACGAUCAUGUACCCAGCUGAUCGGGAAGAAUACGAUUUAGACGGAGAGGAUGGCAACCAUCACGUUGACGGAGUUCCCGCUGGUCACGAAGAUGAAGAGGUUGUCGAUGAAACCGACCCCAGAGACAUGGAGAUGGCGGCUUGGAGCAACGAACAACCGGCAGCCUUGGGAUCUCUCCCGACACUCCACAGACGAGACACGGGACAGGUAUCAGAACCUAUGGAACUGGUUCGUGCAGAAGAUUUGGCUGCUCAAGUGCACGAGGAGCCUGACGAGCCAGUGGAGGCAAUGGCAGAUAUUCGGGAACAGCAGUCUCCUAGACCAGACUCCGAUGUGAGGGAAUCAUCGACGGAACUCGUUUCUGAUGCAUCCGAUUCUGGUAUAUCUACCGGGGGCAACGAGUCUGACAACGAGGACAACGAUAUUCAGAUGAUCCCUUCGGACAACGCGGCGGUAAUCACAGAUGAGCUGGAUGAACUUGACGAUACCUCAAUGCCGCCUUCUCGGGCAAUGUCUCCGCUCCGACCUUUGGGACCGGUCGUGCAAGCGAGUCCUUCCCCUGGCAAGAUCAUCGCUCCUACCACAUUCAAGAACGAUGUCGUACCUGGCGAAUGGAAGGAGGGCAUGGCCCUGAAAUUCUCUCAGACCAGACCUUCAGCAUCAUCAGACCCACUUUCUACAGAUGUCCCGGAGACACAAGAGCCCGAGCCCACAGCAAUUCCAGCAGAGGGAUCUGAACAUGGGCAGGAUACAGGAUAUAUGGGCGAUGAUGAAUUGCCGGUACAGCCUGUUGUCGGACGUUUGUCGGAUGAAACGGCAGAUCAGGGCGAUGACUCGAACGCGGUGACUUCUGAUGCCGUUAACCGUGAAAAUGCCAGUAAAGACAGGGAGACGGCAUCGUACGAUGCACCGCUUCAGCCAACCGGGGAAGAGCUUACCGCGACACACGUACUGGAGGAUAAUGAUGAGCCUGCGAUUACUCAGACCUUGAGUGAAAAUGAUGCGCCAAUCAGCUCGUCAGCACAACAACAAUCGAUCGUAGGUCACCCUGCGCUGACAAACGAGAACCUGGCUCAAGUCGCAGCCGGUAACGAACCCACGGCGACUGGCGGGGACCUACUUGACAGUCGCGUUGGGACUGAGGAGGUGUCAACACAGUCGGUAACAGGCAUCAACGAAGAAGCACAAGCUGAGAGUGAAGGACUCUUCGAUGCAACGAAAGAGACGAAGGAACCCAUUUCGGAUCGAGCAGAAGGAGAAACAACAGGACCAGAAUCAGGGGAGACGAGCCGACCAAGUCAAGAGGAGUCACUCACAACUAGUGUCGACGGACCGAUGGACGUUGAACCAGGUUCCUCUGGAGUACAAGAGCUUUCUUUCACCGACCUCAUCCACACUCCCGUUGACAGCCCGCGAAUUGAGGAAGACAUGUUCGACGUUUCGGGAGGCACUGUGCUCGAGUCCACAGAUGGGAUGGAAGUGACAGGACUAGCACCUGAUGAUCCCAUCGAGGUCAACGUUCGGAACCUGCCUUCACCUCCUGCGAGACAGCAGAGCCCUACGCCCGAACCUCAUCUACCGAUUGACAGGGAAGACCCUGCGCUCGCCAUCACGCCGGCCGUUCUGCAAGAACAAGGUUAUGCCCGUGCGAACCACCAGGACCACGUCGCCGAGGUGCUGCAUCAGGCUCAUGACGCACAUCGCCGAGCGUUCGAAGCGGCCAUAGGAGAAAUCGGCGAAGACCCUGCACAAACGUCUGCACCGGCUAUUGUUGAGAUCCUGGAGACUCCGUCUGCCGAGAUCGUGAACAUGAUGCUGGCCAUGCCUCGAGAUGAGCAAGUCCAGGCGGGCAUGCAGGCCUCGGCAGCUCAAUCGGAGUCGGCUAACGCUGAAGAGUCUGUCGAUCCAGGGGUCAACUCGGGCGACGCCUCUCAGCCGAUGAUUGACGAUAUAUUUCACUCUACGGGUCCACAAGCUACUUCGGCGGUCUCGCAUGAUGCGGAACUCGAUCGUGCUGAAACUUCGGAGCCGUCAAGCGCUAGCGCUGCUCAAGCGAGGAUCGACGAGGUCUUCGAACCUGUCGAGGAUAGGAGCGAUGAAUCGGCGAAUCAAGCGAAGGAGGAGGCUGCCGAACCUUUGAUCGAAGAGGGGCACGGAGAGGCGCGUGACGCCAUGAUGGAUCGGGCGUCAUCACCGCAAAGCCAGGUAGUAGACGACGAUGAGCCCUUGUCGCACGAUAAUGAGAACCUUUCCAUCGCAGCGGAGAAGAAUACCGCCUCUGCAGCAACCCUUCAGGCGGAGGAACCCGAAAGGUCAGAAGAGGGGGACGAGCCGAGACGUUCUCCCACCCCUUCCGCACUCGCUCAAAGCACCACUCACGACGAAAUCAUGACGGUUGACCAGCCUCAUUCGGUUGUCCCCAGCCUUGUCGAGUCGGGACCGGCAUCUGUCAUCCCAACCCCUACAAUCGACCAGAGGAACACUCAGCAGAAUGCAUCACCGCCACCGCCGCAGACGCCUCCUACUCGGCCUCGUGAGCUCGAUCUCCGGACUCCGGAGCUGACGCAUCAUCAUCAUGGUCCGGUGAGCACGGCUUCACGAAGCACGUUGCAUGAAUCAGAGAGAAUGUUGCACGCCGAGUCUCCUGCGAGCCAUACUCGUUCUCAGUGCCACUAUCACAAGAUGCGGUUCGACCGUGGUGCCCAUUCGCACACGAUGUUGAUCCCUGGGUGUAGUCUCGGCUCGGCCACCCAGAGGGCUGAAUUGGACGUCGAGGAUCUGGGUAAAGCUUCGAGCGAGGAGAUGAAGAGGAAACAAAGCCUGUUGUUCGGAGAGAAUUUCCUCGGCCACAUGAAGAGCGAGGAAGAGGGAACCUUGCCUAGCGAUCUGGAACAUCGGUUGUCUGUCCUCGUCGGGCGGGAACUCAUCAGAGAGGGACAUAUCUAUAUCCUCCCGCUCGAACAGGGAAUGCCUCAUACGCACGCCGAGGAAGAGGAGGAAGACGGUGGGAUCGCAAGUAGGACGCGGAGGAGGACGUCCCAGACACCCGGGCCGGGUUCGGGACUUGGACUCGUCACCCCGGUCAGGGAGGGGGACAAGAAGCGUAAGCAUAGGGGGUCUUCGGUCGGUCGAACGCUCGUGUCGGCUGGCAAGAAACGAGCAUCCGAGCUUUUGAACGUGCAAGAGGUCAAGGAGUCCGAGGACGAGGUCAAGCGCGACGAACAAGGCGACCAGCGUGAGGAUGCAGGACCUUCGAGCAAGAAACGGAUCGUCGAAGUAGACGGAUCUCCUCAGGCCGUGAACAAGGAAGACGAUCACGAGGACGAAAUAGUUCCCGCCAAGAGGGACCGGGACGAGGAGGAUGGGGACCGGAUGGACGUCGACGAGCGGGUCGAUCAGAGUACGGACCGGCAAGCCCUGGCGCCCGCACGUAAGGGUUGGUUCGGAUGGCUAUGGGGUCGGAAGUAGGAGAUGUAUAUACCAAGCGCACGAAAGGGGCGGUGCGUAGAUGUUUUAGCAGGCUGUGACGAUAAUUCUCUUGACCUGUUGUACCAUUUGGAUGUCUUCGUGUCUUUGAUCUUUGAAGACGUUUCGAAAACCCUAGAGCACGGACGACUGUCCUUUACGAAUGACGAAUGUGGCUUUUCCC